ACGCGACGCUCAACUUUAAAUAUCCACCACCGAAUCUCGACUUGCGCCCACAGUCCUUUCCGGCAGAACGCGAACAGCCUCGAACUACGACAAGACUUGAAUUUCAAACACCGUCUCGGAAGAGGUCGAUUAUCUACAGGCCAAGAUGGCGGACGGAGGAGUAGACGUGGCCGCCCUCAGCGAAGACCAGCAGCUCGCUCUCCAACAGUACACGGCAGUCACGGACCAGGAUAUCAAAGACGCAAUCCCCCUCCUGCAACGCUGCCAAUGGAACGUGCAAAUAUCAAUCGCGCGCUUCUUCGACGGCGAGCCCGCCGAGGACCCCGUCGCCGCUGCUGCUGCCUUGCAGCCCACUCCACAGGACGUCCGCCGGCAGGAAACACUGCUGAACGGCUUCUCGUCGCCGCGCUCCUCGACUUCCAGCGCCCGACGGCAGCAGCGACUCGAGCCUGCCCCGCGCGUGGUCCCGCAGCCAGAGAGCCAGGUCACCACCCAGGCGCCGCUCGUGCUGACGCUCAUCUUCGCGCCCAUCUCGCUCAUCUACUCGCUGCUGUCAAAGUACUUCCGCUUCAUGGGCUGGCUGUUCCCCUUCAUCCCCCGCACAUGGGGCCGCCUGACCGCCAGCAACAUCACCACCCCGGCCUCCCAGCGCUCCGCCAGCGGCCGUCGUCCCCUGAACCCCCGCGACACCGCCGCCCGCUUCAUCCGCGAGUUCGAGGAGGAGCACGGCACGCACAACCUCCCCCUGUCCGAGAGCGGCUACGCAUCCGCCUUCGACCUCGCAAAGAAGAACCUACAGUUCCUACUCGUCGUACUCGUCUCGCCCGAACACGACGAAACAACCUCCUUCAUCCGCGCCACGCUCCUCCACCACGACGUCGUAGCCUUCCUCCGCAACCCAGCCAACAACAUCAUCCUCUGGGCGGGUAACGUACAAGACGCAGAAGCCUACUCCGUCUCCACAGCCCUAAACUGCACCAAAUUCCCCUUCUCCGCCCUCAUCGUCCACACCCCGCAAAUCUCCUCAACAGCAAUGGGCAUCGCGUCCCGCAUCGCCGGCCCCACUCCCCCCCAACAAUACAUCGCCACCCUCCGCGCAGCAAUCCAAACACACUCCGAACCCCUAACCCGCGCCCGCGCUCAGAGAGCAGAACAGCAAUCUACGCGUACCAUCCGCCAGCAGCAGGACAGCGCGUAUGAGCGCAGUCUAGCCACGGACCGCGAGCGUGCCCGCAGGAAGAAAGAGGACGCCGAUCGCCUCGCCCAAGAGCAGGAAGAAGCUCUCGCCCGCGAACAAGCACAGGCCCAACACGCGCACAACCUCGCCCAGUGGCGCAGAUGGCGCGCGUCCACACUGGCCCCCGAACCAAGCCCCGACGACAAAAAUGUCGUUCGCAUCAGCAUCCGCCUACCCAGCGCUGAGCGCGUCGUGCGCCGCUUCGCCGCCCAGGCUUCCGUCGAGGAAUUGUACGCGUUUGUGGAGUGCUAUGAUGUUCUGCAGCUACAGCAGCGGGAUGGGGAGAAGGUAGAUCGACCAGAGGGCUUUGAGCACGAGUAUGCGUUUCGGCUUGUGUCGCCUAUGCCGCGGGAGGUGUUUGAUGUAAGUUCUGAGGGGAAGUUGGGGGUGAGGAUCGGGCGGAGUGGGAAUUUGAUUGUUGAGUUGGUUGGGGGGGAGGGGGAGGAUGAUGAUGAUAGUAGUAGUGGGGGGGAGGGGGAAGAGUGA